GCUUAUUCAUCCACCCUAAAAAAAGAAAGGGGAAAAAACAAAACAAAACAAGGGGAGAUCUAGAUUAAUGGCGAGGAUAUUACUCGUAAUGGCAAUCCUAGCAACCAUCUGCUGCUUCGCCUGCUGCUACGACGAGCGCUACUGCGCAGGAAGUGACAGCACAGGAGUCUGCAACCUAUCUCAGUUGGCUGGAUUGGAAGGGAAAGCGGCGGACGAUGCUCAAGCCUACAUGAUGGACCGGUUCGGGGAUGAAGACUUCGCCCUCGGCGACAAGGAGGGCUGCUUCUGGAGAGAUUUUGCGAGCGGGGGUAAGAGUUUCACGGCGUACAGCUACUUCGGCUGCGACGACGAGGCUGGCACCAAGUGUCGCGAUUGUUUUGCGGCUGCCAGGGACCGCCUGAAAGAGGGAUGCAGCGGGCGAGCUGGAGGAACUGUCUUCCGCCAUGACUGCUGUUUGAGGUACGAGGUCGAGAACAUCUGCUGAUCAAUAUAGGAUGCUCUGGUCGCGUCGCUGUUAGAAUCAGUGAUUCCAAUAACUCGAGUUGAUACAAGAUGUUCAAACGUAGUAGUAAUUUCAUGAGUUUUUUCCCCAUAAAGUAUGUUACUGUUUUUACUAGCUAAUUAAGUUGGUUGCUUUUGUACUCACCUAUCCAAAAGUAUGUUUUUGGAUCGUGAUGAAGGUUCUCUCGGUUGAUGAAUAAAGGAUUUCCUCGGCUAUACGGUGUGUUCCGGUUAAAUUGAUCCGGUCCCGGUUUGGUCUUUUCGAGAAUAUAAGGAACAAAGAUUGGAUUGGAUACAGUCCGGCCUUGAUCCGGUCGGAUCUUGAAUCGGUCUGGUCCCAAUUCAGUCUUAAUUUUAGAAUGUGUUUGUGGGUAUUUGAGUGGCCUGAGGGGGGAUUUGAGUGACAUAAGGCCUGAAAGGGUGAGGAGAUUAAAUUUUGGGUGUUGGGGGUCUCUGUUUUCGGUCCUGUCCGAAACGGUUUUUUUUACCUCAAAUCUAUGCCCGAAAUUGGAUUUGAUUGUUUGCUAUCCGGUCCCGGUCCGAUCUCGAUCCGGGUUAUGCGGUCCGUUUCGGGUAAAACCAAAAAGCCCGGACCAAAUAGCCAGCCCUAGUUUUUUUUAUGAUUAACUAAUUUUAGGUUGUUUGCUUGAGAAUUAAGUCACGAAUAUGUUCGCGAACCGAUCGAGAGAUUGAUUUAAACGUAGUUUAAUCAUAAUAUCGAUUGGUUUUCAAUUUGUAGACCCUGUAUUUGAACCCCAAGAGUAUAUUUCUUCAGCCCUACAGAUCCCUAUCAAUAGCAUGGGGUAAAAAAGACAAUGAAUAUGAUAACUUAAUUUGAGGUGUGGAUUCAUAAUUAUUGAGAUGUGUAUCCAUCGAUAACAAUAAAUAAAAAUAUAAUUUAUAGAUUACACAAUUUCAUUGUUUUUUUUUACUACGAGCCACGCGACGAUAUUUUUGUACUUCAAAAGGUUUAUGAAAUACAUUUAUAGUUUAUUUUGUAACUCAAGUAUUUUUCAUUGACAACAAGGGCGAAGCUAGGUAACAGAGGCGAAGUUAGGUAGGCUCUCGGGGGUCCCGGCCCCCCGAGAAUUUUGAAAGUUUGCGUAAACGAUCCGAGCAUAUCUUGACAUUUUCAUAUAAACUGAAUAAUAUUAA